AUGCCAGACACUGUCGCCACUUCUUUCGGUCCUUGGCCAGCAGACGCGGAUGCAACCACUGGUCUGGGAAGAGACCUUCGGCUUCACGUCCAUCUCGAAGGGUGCAGAGGACUGCCUUUGACCCAGACCUUCCCCAACGCGAGUCCUAGGCGCCGCUCGUACUUCGUCACGUUCAUAGUACAAUCCCGCCACGGAUCAUUCCCAGUCCGUUGCACAUCUGCUGAAGAGGGCGUCAAGGCGCUCCAAGGCACUGUGCAGUGGAACGAUGAUAUCUACUUGGAUUGCUUUGACUUCAGUUGCAUCUGCAUUCUUCUCAGCUCAGAAGACCGCGAACAUCCGAUCCGGGAAACCUGCAUCUCAGUUCCGAACAUCCUCUCAAGAGCUGAAUUCCCGCUUUUGCCUUACGAGGAGCAACAGGAUGACAUUGGUUGUACUCUUUUCCUUGUUGCUUCCCAUGUCAGAAGCGAACGUGCCGAGCCAGGGUCCAGACUUCAGGGUUCUCACGAUGUCGAAACAAACUCAGUAUUCGGUGCUCCUACGCCCCCGGUUGCGAAUCCGUGGCACACUAUACUGUGCCAACUGACAUCAUUUAUGGAGGUCAUCGUACCCUCGGAGAUCCAUAUAGCCUGUAGGUUUCCAAUCCAUGACUAUGUCUACAAUGCGGGCCGAAUAUGCUUGUCCACGCGGGAGUAUCACCCGGAGAUCGACACUGUCAUCACCUCCAUGACGACGGCGAUAGACAUCAUCCUGCGCUUACCACGGGUAUACACACAUCGCAGGACUCGACAUGUGCCGGACAUCAUGAACCAACUGCGCGCGUCGGUUCUCACAAUGACCCUCUUCAUCCAUAGUCAUUCGAGCGGCUACCUCGAACUCGAGAGGCGUGUGGCAUGUGAGAAGGCCGAGCUAACGAGACUUACCUGGAUGAUCACGACUCCGGAUCCGACGAGCGUAUGGGUCGCCACCUCGGAUAGGAAGCAUAGACAGACAGUUUAUGGCGCCUUAGCCAAAGACGCGCUCCUCUUCGCUCUAGACACCAUUGGCCAAUCCUCCGACGUAUUUCCCCCGCUGAAAACUGUCACUAGCGCCCUAGCUUUCUUCAUAGCCCGUGCAGACUUGAUGUCCAGUAACAAGAGACAAAUUGGUCUCAUCUACAGGCAUGUCGACAGCCUCGCUAAAUCUCUCGGCCACGACGACGUACACGCCGCCUCUUUCACAAUUGCACAUCAAGAAGCCAUCCGGAUUCUAGCUUCGGAAGUUGCAGAACUCAGAAAGGAUGUAGAGGACAUCAUCGAUCAACGCAAGAACUGCUUCAGCCGUAUCGUCAGCGCAAAACGUCACCGCGAGGGGCUGCAGAACGUUCUGAUGCAGCUUGAUUAUGCGCGAAUCAGUUAUAUGACGGCCGUAGCUACGUCGAAUGCGGCCACAAACUCGCAGAUCCUCGCUCAUGUGCAAGCCAUCACGCUUCUCAUGAGCGCUCAGGCGCCUACGCGCAUGCUAAACUGA